AUGAAUAUUUUGUCAGCGAUUGCUGAAGCAUAUAAUAACGCUGACAAUCCUUCGGAUCGUCGAGCAGUUUUAUCAAUUGUGGCCAAACAAGUGAAUUAUAAUCUUUUGUCAUCCGUUAUUCCAGGCUUGACAAAGUACCGUCUUACAGAAGCUCGUCUAUUUGCGAUAGAGUCAGGAAAAAGUGUGAUAACAGAACCAACAUCCUGUAUCAAUGUCCGCUACUCAUCGGCUCAAGUAGAGCAUUUUAUUGAUUUCGUUCUUAGUCCACACAUCUCUUGUAAUGUACCAUUUGGAGAGAAGACAUUACGACUUUCUAGUGGAACAGAAUUCAAUGUACCUGACACAAUACGAUCUAUCAAUUCUACACGAAUUAUACAGCAAUAUCAUGAGUAUUGUCAUCAGAUGUGUGCCAGUUUUGAACCAUUGAAUCCAUCUUCAUUGUGA